CAUCCAAGGUGGGAGUCAGCCUAGUCCCUUCCCCACCUUGAUCUGCCCUCUGCUUGAACCCAGUCUCAGAAGUGGGGGAGUGGGGGUCUGCAGCCAGAAUGGAGAGGGGGUCGUUGGCCCACAGGCCUCAGGCACGGCCUUCAGCUAUGUCUGCAAUUUCCUCUCCCUCCUUCCUUCCCUCCUCCUCCCUAAGGCUCCCGCCAAGAAAGCCUCCCCCUCACCCCAGCUCCAGCGGCGGCAGGCAGGGAAGCCCUGGGGCCGAAGGGGGAAGGGUGCCUGGAAGACCGGGCAGAAAGAGGACCAACCCCAGCUGCGCACUCAUCACACGUUGCCCGCACAAGCUCAGCCCAGGUGGAGAUGCACGUGUGAGCCUGGGCGGGCCUAGCCAGGGCGCCUGUCACUCAACUGGACUCAGGCAUCCCCUGCUUCCUUCGGGGUCUGCAAGCCUGCACCGGCCGGGCGCACCGCGCACCGCGCACCGCCUAUCAAUCAAUCAUCAGCCUUGUCUGACCCGAGCAGAGCUGGCCAGCUGGGCGCACUGAGGUCUGGGGCCCAGCAGGAGGGACCCCAGGACUCCCACCCUCCCCAGUGGUUGAGGAUCUGGGGGCUGGCGGGGCGCUGCCCCCCGCGCGGCAUGGAUGCCCCGCGCCGGGACAUGGAGCUGCUCAGCAACAGCCUGGCGGCCUACGCGCACAUCCGCGCCAACCCUGAAAGCUUUGGCCUCUACUUCGUGCUGGGCGUCUGCUUCGGCCUGCUGCUCACUCUGUGCCUGCUGGUCAUCAGCAUCUCCUGCGCACCCCGCCCGCGCCCUCGGGGCCCCGCUCUACGCAGGGACCCUCGCAGCAGCACCCUGGAACCCGAAGACGAGGACGACGAGGAGGAAGACACGGUGACCAGGCUGGGCCCUGACGACACGCUGCCGGGCCCCGAGUUGUCGGCUGAGGCCGAGGGGCCGCUCAGCGUCAACGUGUUCACGUCCGCCGAGGAGCUGGAGCGCGCGCAGAGGCUGGAGGAGCGGGAGCGGAUCCUGCGGGAGAUCUGGCGCACCGGGCAGCCAGAUCUGCUGGGCACUGGCACGUUGGGGCCCUGCCCCACGGGCACGGGCACACUGGGCCGCAUGCACUAUUACUGACGCCCGGCCCAGCUUCCGAGGGGCUCUUGAGUACUGGACAUGUAUCAGAGCCCAGAGCUGGUGGCCCCAGGACUUUUGGACUUGCCUGGGUUCCUGAAUUCCCCUGGUGCUAUUGGAUAUAGACUGCCACUUUCUGCGAGGCACCCAUCCCGGGUGGGAGCGGGAGGAGGAUGCAAGGUCCCCAUCUUCUCUUCCCCGGGAACGAUGAUGUGACCAAUGAAAGUAGCGUUCUCAAUGA